GUCUCCUUUCCUCUCCUCCCUCCUCCAAAACCCCUAUAAAUACCCUCCUUCCCUAGUCCUCCAAUGGAACCCUCGUCCCUCCCUUCUAGGGUUUCCUUUUCUUGGCCUCGAAGAAACAAAGAGAGAGGAUAUAGAUGGCUUCGAUCAUAGCUCCUCCUCCUCCGGCUCUGGCCAGCCCUUCCAGGAAGCCCUGUUCUUGGUCUCCAAUCCCCGGUCAGCGUCGCCUUGGGUUGAAGGGAUGGAGGACGAACCGGAGGAGAGAUCGGCCAGUCUUCGCGGCUUCUACGAUGGAGGUUGGGAGCCAAGAAUUGGAUUUCGGGGAACCGGAUUGGAAGCAAAAGUACCAGGGUGACUUCGAGAGGCGGUUCAACAUCUCUCACCUCACCGAUUUGUUUCCGGACCUCUCUCCCAUGCCUUCCACCUUUAGCCUCAAGAGCAGGCGUCCUGUGACUGAUGAGCUACUCAAUGGUCAUCCAUUAGAUGGUCAGUGGAAUGGAUAUGUGAACAAUAAUGACCGAGUGCUCCUCAAGGUCAUAAACUACUCCACUCCAACAUCUGCUGGUGCUGAGUGCAUUGAUCCCGCUUGUACUUGGGUCGAACAAUGGGUUCAUCGCGCAGGGCCAAGAGAGAAAAUAUUCUUCAAACCAGAAGAAGUAAAUGCAGCAAUCGUUACUUGUGGAGGCCUUUGUCCUGGUCUCAAUGAUGUUAUUCGCCAGAUAGUUAUCACGUUUGAAAUGUAUGGUGUGAAAAAGAUUGCAGGUGUACCAUUUGGUUAUCGAGGGUUUUUGAAGGAAGUACCUGAAAUAUCACUUUCACGAAGAGUGGUACAAAACAUUCACCUUGGUGGAGGAAGCAUACUGGGAGUUGCUAGAGGAGGUCCUAGUGUCAAGGAGAUUGUUGAUAGCAUGCAGGAACGCGACAUCAACAUGCUAUUUAUUUUGGGUGGAAAUGGGACGCAUGCCGGUGCUAAUGCAAUACAUGAGGAGUGUCGAAGGAGAUGGAUGAGAGUGGCUGUUGUUGGUGUCCCUAAAACUAUUGAUAAUGAUAUUCUACUGAUGGACAAGACCUUUGGCUUUGACACAGCUGUUGAAGAAGCACAGAGAGCUAUAAAUUCUGCAUAUAUUGAGGCGCAUAGUGCAUACCAUGGUAUUGGUGUUGUGAAAUUGAUGGGUCGAAGCAGUGGAUUUAUAGCUAUGCAUGCAUCACUAGCCAGUGGACAAGUUGAUAUAUGUUUGAUCCCGGAGGUACCAUUUAAUCUACAUGGUCCAAAUGGUGUUUUGAGCCAUCUAAAGUAUCUCAUUGAGACAAAGAGAUCAGCAGUAGUUUGUGUGGCUGAGGGGGCUGGACAAAAUUUGCUCCAGAAGACACGUGCAAGGGAUGCAAAUGGAAAUAUCAUACUUGGAGAUAUUGGUGUGCAUAUUCAACAAGAGACAAAGAAAUUUUUUAAGGAAGUUGGUGUCCCUGCUGAUGUGAAAUAUAUUGAUCCUACCUACAUGAUACGAGCAGUUCGUGCCAAUGCAUCUGAUGGCAUUCUAUGCACUGUUUUAGGCCAAAAUGCUGUUCAUGGUGCAUUUGCUGGAUUCAGUGGCAUCACAGUCGGCAUAUGCAAUACCCACUUUGUUUAUUUCCCCAUCUCAGAAGUCAUCUCUUACCCAAGGCAGGUUGAUCCUAACAGUCGGAUGUGGCACCGUUGUUUGACAUCCACAGGCCAGCCUGAUUUCAUCUGAUUUCCAAGGACUCCACAAAAUCUGAAAUGAAUCGGUAAUUGUUCAUCAAUGAGUCAGAAAUAUAUAGAACAACAGAUUGGUAUUCUCAUGUUUCUCAUGACACAAAAGUACCUUGUUCAGUCACUAGAGCGUACUCAACUUCAAGUUUUGUUCAAGAAAAGCACACUCAACUUCCAAAGAAAAUUACUCUUCAAAUUUUGAAUUCUUAAGGUAUUGUAUGCUGGCUUAAUCUCUAUUCAUGUAAUUUUUUUGGUAAGCUCGAUAGGCUUAAAAACGCUGAACAGGUGUCCAAUAAUGUUCCAUUUGUCCCCCUUGUUCAAUGAGCAACAUUUGUUC